UAUGAAAGUUUUAUCAUUAAAACAUAUGAACCUAUAUAUAUACGCAAUAAUUCAGUGAAUGCUCACUUUAAAAUUGUAUCUAUUUUACAGUACAAUGGGCGAACAGGGGACUAUGGAGACGAGCAAUGUAUACCGUGUAGUCCGUGUCCUGAUGGAACUUUCUCGGAGAACGGACGAGGGGAGUGUUCUCAUUGUCGCACAAAUUGUACAGAGAUGAACAGAGAGUAUGAUUCAACGUGUUCCAAAACACAGGAUUCCAAAUGCGGGAGCUGCUUGACAAAUUAUGAAGAUAUUUACGGGCAUUUUCUUUUCCCAUGUAGCCCGAAAAAAGAACACAAGGAACUUAUUCCGCCGAAGGGAGAGAAGCCUAUCCGCCCGGAUGGAGAGACAGAAACUGCUGGAGAUACUCCUAAAGAUUCAAAAGUGACCAAAAGUCCCAGUUUUUGGAUACCUGUUGGCAUUACUGGAAUAGUUGUAUCAUUUAUUGUGGUUGUAAUUUUCGUAGGAAGAAAACUGAAAUUAGCGACGCAUAAAAGCGAUUCUUCCGCCGAAGGUGCACAUGACUACACAGAGAUAAAUAUUCUCCAUGAGGGAACCAUUCCAAAAGAUGACACGGCCCUUCUUGAUGGCGACAUAGACAUUGACGCUGUCAGGGAAGAUACAGUUCCAAACGUUUCUACCCAUAUACCAAGGAGAAAUGAAAAUGUCCGUACAGAAUUAGAAAAUGGACAGCAGCCGUGUGCGAGACCAGAGUUGACUCAGCAUAUACCUUCAUUGUCACAACUGGACGGGAUAAGUGUGCUUCAACUCUCCGAUGGCAGAAUUGUGUCAUUACAAAUAGUCAAAGACUUCUGCGAAUGUAAGGAACAACGAUCAUGUGAAUGCAGUUCAUUCUAUUUUCCAAAUUUACAAUUGGAGAAAUCAGAUGAAUAUAUACUAAUAACAGCCUCUGAAAUUUGCCAUGAGUAUAGUGAACUUUUCCAAAAGCUUGGUCUUACGCCUCCAGUCUUGUAUCAGGAGAGCGAUACAAGAGAUCGAGAUCCUGAAAAAAUAACACAGAAAGAAUUAUUCACAAGACUUUUGAAUAUAUGGAUUGAAAUGAAGUUCGAGGAAGCGACUCUAAAAAACUUAUCAAUAGCGCUUUGUGAAGCAAAGUUUCACAAAAUUAAUAAAUUACUUAUAGAUUUAUAUAGAAAUAAGAUACAAUCUAUUAGAAACACGCCUUCUCAUUAAUUAUUGAUCUUUAUUAGACUAAGUAUUAAUUAUUAAUAUUUAUACAUUAUUAUAAACGAUUAAAACUUAUUUUGUUUUGUUUGAGAUACUUGCUUAUUGUUAAAGACAUAAUUAAACUGAAUAUUAAUUAUGUUUAUGUUGUUUCGUUAACAUUUUCAUGUUAUUGAAUAUUAUUUUUAAUGAAAAUAAUGUUGCGUUAUAUUUUUAAAUCAUUAAAUAUUUGUACUUG